AUGGCCAAGAAAGCGCCGGCCAAGAAGGCGCCGGCCAAGAAGGCAUCGGCCAAGAAGGCGCCGGCCAAGCCCAAGGCUAGGGCGGCGCCUGCCCCGGCGGACAAGGCAGUUGUGGAGAACGAUGACGGCGACGACGAGUCGCCAUUGCCACCUUCGCAGGCAUCGCAGGCAUCGCUGACGGCGGGUGGCGGUGACAAGGAAGGAAUGACGGUGGCGGCGACGGUGGCAAAGGGCACCCCAAAGAAGCGGGGCAAGAAGGAGAUGCCGUCGACGGCAUCGCUGGAGUUUGGCAAGCUCAAGAGCUCGCCAGUCAUCAUGUGCCAGAUCGCCGAUACCAAGCUCACACUAACGGGCGACGCCGGCGUGCUAGGCAAGUUCAAGGCCGAGCGGCCGGAUCCGGAGCGUGCGAGCAGCGAGUACCCGGAGCAUGCCCUAGUCCAACUGGAUCUGAAGGGCAAACUAACGCGCGCAUCGACGCCGUCAUCGACCACUUUGUUCCACUUGAGCUGA